CUUCCAAUUUAUCGUUUCCAUUCAUAAAUUUUCUUCUAUCCAAUGAGUCUUGAUACGUACGUCGCACUUCGUCGAUGGAUGGAAUUUCAAAGUUCAAUAUUGUGUUUAAUUACAAGGUUGCAGAACAGGAAUAGCUAAAUUAAACCUAUCGAUAGAUUCUGUUUCCAUGUAAGAAACAAUACCACACAGUUCCCCCCUGUCGCAGCACCAGUUCGUAUAAUAAUUGCAACCAUCAUAUAGCAUAUAGCAAUAAGGUGCGCGAGAUUCUCCACUUAAACCAAAUAACAGGUGUUGUGAAUAGGUUCAGAUGCCCUCUGGAGACGGUUCAAGGAUUUUGCGAUGACGGCCAAUUUUGCUAUAAGUCUGAGGAAAAUUAACGCCAAACUAGUGUCCGUGGAAAAUGUGGCUAUCGAGGACGACAACUCAUUCACCAUUGAUCCAGGAAGGACCCUGAAGAUAACGGAACAGGUGUCGAAUAAAAUAGCAAUUGUUGGCAUACACAACUAUCACAACCCGGAGGAGCAUGACUUUUCCACACACCAAUUCCAAGUUCCUGUUAGCCACCUGCAGAAAGUUCCGGGCGAUGUGUGGCCCUUCGUGAUAGCCAUUGUGGAUCCGGAGGAAAGAAUAAACUUUGCAAAGGACGCAAAACGAGGUACCUGGGUAACGCGAUUAACGCCCGGUCAGAAGGUCGUUUUGGCAAGAUCCUUUGGCUAUCCGAGUGAAGUAUGUGACUGCACCAUACGCUACAUUGGACAAAUAACCGAAAUGGGACCAGGGUACCACUUUGCGCUGGAAAUGACGCAUUGUUAUGAACCACUUCAAAAAGAUAUCGACUAUAUAAAAUCCUACUGUGAAAUCGAUACCAAUCGAGCGCUGAUAGUCACUGCAAACUAUCUUGAAUUCGAUGAACUAACACAUUCGGGUUCGAAAAAUACUAAGAAAGGAAUCGUGCAUGAUUUUCUCUGUGGAGCCAAACAAAAAUUCAAACGACCCGGUGGAAAGCUAGGAUAUUUUGAAAGUAUCAAAAGUAAUUCACAAGAAGACACUCCAACCCGAUCUUACACACCAGAUCUCACAGGAACGAACAGAAAUUCGGUAGAUUUUUCCAAACCCUUUGAGGGAACAAUGGACGCUGGGUAUUACAAAAAGAUGGCAGCAUCGAUAUCGAGUCCUAAUUUAUGCAAACAAGAUAGCAGCAGCAGUACGGGCAGUUCCAGCCGGCUGAAUAGUAAUCCGAUGGAACGUCUUUGUGAUGAACAUCGAUAUAACAUGGAUAGUUUCACGGAAGAUAGCUAUCGCUCCGGGAGGAGUUCACAGAACAGUUCCAACAAUAGCACUUUAAAACAUUCCGAACACCGAAAAAAGUCCUUGUCCAAGUCUAAACUAAUUUACGUUAUCGACAAAACCGAUAUUGAGGAGGCAACGAGCGGUGCAAGCGAUGUGAUAAUAGUUGAUCCGCCGGUUACUUUGGCGGAACAAGAUCAUGGUGAUGUUGACCUUAAGGACAUUCUCGGCAAAGACUGGCCAACGCAGGCGGGCCAUGCCGCAACAAUACUGAAUAAUGACCAAAGGGCUCAAGCUGCUACCACCCGUUUUGACCCGAACGAAAUAGUGGGUCCCCCGCCAAUAGGUGGAACAGGUGGUUACAACAGCAGCAGCAGCAGCAACAGUGCGAGCAGUCAUGGUUAUCAUUCCGGGAAAUUCGAACGAAACAAGUCCCUCAACAUACUUAGUCAUUUUUCACAUUCCAAGCCGCGGGAGACCAAUCGCAAGCGGGAGCAAAGGAACAUGAUGGAUGCUUCAACGAUGACCAAAUUAAACGAUGUCCACCAUGAAGCUGGGCUUAGGUCGUCAUCGCCAUUCCUUCUGCCUGAGCCGGUGCAACAAGCUUCAGACCUUCUGAUUCCUAACGACUGUAUUCAACCUUCCCCUCUUAACACACUACCCGACAAUCCGGAUCUAGGAUGUGGUUCUAUGGUGGAAGUGGAGAUCGAAGAAAAGGACAGUUUGCUGGGUGUGAUACGUUGGAUAGGUCCGUUGCACCCACCAGGUAUGAGCAGCAGCAACACGCGAGUCAUGGUUGGCGUAGAGCUGGAGGAUGAACCAUUCAUAGACAUUGAAACUAGCGACGGUGUUCAUAAUGGAAUGAAAUUGUUUGAAUGUAACUUCAAACGAGGGAUUUUCGUUUAUCCGGAGCAAUGUCGACAAGACAAACGAUUCGAUGAUAGUGGACCGCAUUCAAUCAACUCUGUGAAAGCUUCCUCUUCAAAAUCUACUGCGACCAAUACAUUCGGCAAAGUGGAUUGUCCUCCUGUAACCGAAGAUAUUGCUCCUUUAAAAAUCCUUGAGCAAAACGAUUUAAAAGCCAUUUGUGGAAAAUUUAAGGGCAUUCAAGGACACCACAACUCUUGUUAUUUGGACGCCACUCUUUUUUCAAUGUUCACGUUCACGAGCGUGUUUGAUUCCUUGCUUUACAGGCCACGCGAGGAAGAAGAUAAUCUACAAUACGAAGAAGUUCAAAGAGUACUGAGAGAAGAAAUUGUUAAUCCCCUCCGGAAAAACCACUUUGUACGGGCUGACCGAGUUAUGAAAUUACGAGAACUAUUAGAUAGACUCAGCUCUGUAACCGGAUUAACAAGUGAAGAGAAAGAUCCUGAAGAAUUUCUGAACAGUCUUCUUGCACAGAUUUUGAGAGCGGAUCCAUUUCUAAAGUUGAGCUCCGGUUUGGACACUUUCUAUUACCAGUUGUUUGUCGAAAAAGAUGACAGUUUGAAGUUGCCCUCGGUGCAGCAACUGUUUGAGCAAAGUUUCCUAACAUCAAGCAUUAAGCUGAAAGAGGUCCCGUCCUGUCUUAUAAUACAAAUGCCACGCUUUGGUAAAAAUUUCAAAAUGUACCCGAGGAUUCUGCCGUCUCAAAUAUUGGAAGUUACCGACAUUAUUGAAGAUUCACCUCGGCAAUGUUCCUGGUGUGGUAAACUAGCAGAUAAGGAGUGUCACGAUUGUUACACCAAUCAACUGGAAAACAUCGGCUAUUGUGAUACCUGCUUCGAGCAAGCUCACCUCCGUGGGGACCGUCAUAAACAUAAGCCAAAUCCGUUGUCCGUUCCGAGUGAAAUCAAGUGUUUAGAUCUGAAUGAUCGUAUUCCUCGAUUGUACAUGGAAUUGUUUGCCGUCGUAUGCAUCGAAACCUCGCACUAUGUUGCGUUUGUGAAGACAGCUUCCGGGCAGGAUGCCCCCUGGGUAUUUUUUGAUUCGAUGGCCGACCGAAAAGGCGAACAAAACGGUUACAACAUUCCGGAAAUGAUUCCUGUGCCCGAUCUACCGCUGUGGCUCUCGGAAGAAGGAGCUCGUCAGAUGAACGAGGAGGCUACCAACGACAAGAUGUUGCCAGAGCACGCAAAAAGAUUGCUGUGCGACGCGUACAUGUGUAUGUACCAGAGUACGGACGUGAUGAUGUAUCGAUAGACUAUUCGCUUAUUUGAUUACUUUUUUUUCCAAAGGAACGAUAACUGUCCUAUCAAACUCAUAUCCAUUAUUUCAGGAACCCAUUUAAUUACACACCUUUGUAACUGCAUACUUAUAUGUACCAAGUACGUAGCAACGAAAUAAUAAUCGAUCGUAAUCUUGAAGGGUUUGCUGAAACAUCUCGUCAUUAUUUUGUAUAAAGCCCGGUUUUCAGUUCGAGUGAAAAUGAACGUAAAAAAACAAUAACUUAAAAAACGCGACACAACUAGCCUGUGUAACAUGGUGGAAUCGAUGGGGAAUGGUUGAAAGAUGAAAUUACAGCCGUUCAUUAUGCAUUAAAACCUCCUAGAACUAUUUUUAUUUUGAUUCAUCCGUUGUUCACUGCAGAAAUUCAUUCAUGGCGGGGAAUCAAUCUGUUGUGGUAUGAGCCUACUUGGUUGAAUGAUUCAACUGAACCAAAGCAAUCGAAAGAUUCCUUUUAAUUCAACCACGGUAUGUACCGUGUGUACCGUGGUUGAAUUAAAAGGAAUCUUUCGAUUGCUUUGGUUCAGUCGGGGAAUCAAAUUAAAAACAGUUCUAUCAGGUUUUAAGGAACGAGUCCGGCUGGAAUUUCAUUUUGCUACAAUUCCCCAUCGAUUUCACUAUGUUACCACACCUAGUUUCGUCGCGUCAUUAAGUUAUUGACGAAAUAAAAAAUUUUCACGUGAAGUGUAAAUGGGCCUUAAGACCUAAAUUUUGAAGUAACCGUUACAUAUAUUUGGACUCAUAUACAAAACUAUUUUUUUUAAUUGCAAGUAUUCUCAACUAGCAAUCAAAUAGUUCAAAUCUAACGAUACAAAGGAGAAACAAAUAUUGAAAGACAAACCGUUAGUAAUUCUAAAAAGAAUGCAAUGCAAACAUCACAAUAAGUAGCUUUUGAAUGUUCGUACUUUAAUUGUAACCACUUUGGUUGUUUAGCAGUCAUAAUUAGAGAUACAAAAUUGACGUGACUUGAAAGCUUUAAUUAAAAUUUAAAAAUGCAAAAAAAAAUCUAAUAUUGUAAGCAGCGGCUGACAAAACGAUUAGCAACCUCAGAGGCUCCCAUGGUUUCGUUUAUUCACUUUCAAUCAGAAAUAACUUAAAAUAGUAUCUAAUACAAAAAACCGUAGACUGUAUCAAAAAUAUAAUCUUUAAUUCAGAUGAUUUUUGAAACUGUUGUCGUACACUAAUACAAAACAUCAUGCAAUAUUUACCAAUCUAAAAGAAAUGCAUGCUCUUCCAUUUGUGAUCUGAAGUGUUUAAUUUACCUUCACAACUUGCGUACCUACCUAUCGGAACUAUAUGAAAGCAACACUUCAACUUCUGUAGUAUCGAAACUACAGACAAACAGACGGUUGUCAGUCGGAUUGAUGCAAUAUUAACAUACAAAUAGAAAAUCUAGCAUGUUGCAUGCCUCACAAAUGAAAUAAAUUAUCAAGGCAUAAUUUUUCAAGCGCUAUUAGAUGUGGAACGAGAAUUCUCAACGAGGACGACGGUCGUUGAUCGUUUAGUGGACUGAAUAUUUGAUUGAAGAAAGGUACCUUUAUCGUGUGUACUGUAUGACCUUGUACACCAAAUCUGUUGACACAAAAUUGUACCUAGUUGAAUAUACAUUGAAAAUAUAAAAAAA